CGCCGUCCAGCAGGCAGGGCUCCCACGGGCGCCGCUCCGGCCGACGCGCGUCCCCACUGCCACCUGGGCCGCCGGCAGGCAGGCGGCUCAGGAGCCUCACCUUGAUCCAGACCUCCUUCGGCUGUGGUCACCCUGGGACUGCAGCUGGGAACAAGAGGGACACAGAUGUGACUAGACAGGGACCCAAGCUGUACCCUUGCCAGAGCUUAGCAGUCAUCAGCCAGAGAUCUGGGCGGAGGCCCAGGAGCCAUGGGUGACUGGGGCUUCCUUGAGAAGCUGCUGGACCAGGUCCAGGAGCACUCGACCGUGGUGGGCAAGAUCUGGCUGACGGUCCUUUUCAUCUUCCGCAUCCUCAUCCUGGGCCUGGCUGGCGAGUCAGUGUGGGGCGACGAGCAGUCGGAUUUCGAGUGUAACACGGCCCAGCCAGGCUGCACCAACGUCUGCUACGACCAGGCCUUCCCCAUUUCCCACAUCCGCUACUGGGUGCUGCAGUUCCUCUUCGUCAGCACGCCCACCCUGGUCUACCUGGGCCAUGUCAUUUACCUGUCUCGGCGCGAGGAGCGGCUGCGGCAGAAAGAAGGGGAGCUGCGGGCACUGCCGGCCAAGGACCCACGCGUGGAGCGUGCACUGGCAGCCAUAGAGCGACAGAUGGCCAAGAUCUCGGUGGCGGAGGACGGUCACCUGCGGAUCCGUGGGGCGCUGAUGGGCACCUAUGUGGCCAGCGUGCUCUGCAAGAGUGUGCUGGAGGCAGGCUUCCUGUACGGCCAGUGGCGUCUCUAUGGCUGGACCAUGGAGCCUGUGUUCGUGUGCCAGCGCUCACCCUGCCCCUACCUCGUAGACUGCUUUGUCUCACGCCCCACGGAGAAGACUAUCUUCAUCAUCUUCAUGCUGGUGGUUGGACUCAUCUCCCUGGUGCUCAACCUGCUGGAGCUGGCGUACCUGCUGUGCCGCUGCCUCAACCGGGGGAUGAGGGCCCGGCAGAGCCAGGACACGCCCCCAGCCCAGGGCACCUCCUCGGAGCCUUAUGCUGACCAGGUCUUCUUCUACCUCCCCAUGGGUGAGGGGCCCUCAUCCCCGCCAUGCCCCACGUACAAUGGGCUCUCGUCCAGUGAGCAGAACUGGGCCAACCUGACUACGGAGGAGAGGCUGGCUUCUUCCAGACCCCCCCUCUUCCUGGACCCGCCCCCCCAGAGUGGCCGGAAAUCCCCCAGUCGCCCCAGCAGCUCUGCUUCCAAGAAACAGUAUGUAUAAGAGCCUGGGAAGUCUUGCUGCCUUCAGUGCAAGACUCUGCAGAGAUGACUGGGGCUGGGGAAGCAGGUGCUUGCUGGCCAGAAGGCCUCACUGCAUGUUGUUCUUGAACACCUGGGGCCUUCCUGGUGACCAGAGGGCACCAUAGUUUCCCCUCCAGAAUGUGGCUUUGUCCCAGGCACAGACAGAGGCAGCUUGGGGUGCUCUUGGCCAAGGGUGUUUGGGCCCUGUGGUCUUUUUCACCGUGUUCAAAGGGCCUCGGAGACAACUUCCUCCACCCCCACCCCCUGGAAGAUUCACCUCUGCCCAGGUUGUCCACACACCCUGUCCUCACAGAAAAAGGCUGGUCGAGGCUGCUGGGUCAGCCUUGAUCCCACACACAGACAGAGCCUGUGCUGGAUCUGGCCCUGUCAAGGGGACUGGGGUCUUGUUCUCAUCACUCCUUCCUAGUUCUGCUGUUUAUCCUUCUAAAAUAAACAGGACUUGACCACAAG